AUGUUACCAGCGCAUGCGCACAUCGUUCAACCAACAUGGCGGAGAAGUAGACAAAAAAUCAUGGAUGUUGACGUUGUGAGGAUGAUUAUGUCAGAUUACAAGCGAGACCCUGAUUUCUGAGUGUGGAUUUUGCUGUGAGGAGACCCGAUAUGCACUACCCCCAAUACGAAACUGAUCUCAGAGGGGCUCGCCCAGCUGGGGAUUUAGUGGACCCAGAGACAGAGUACAAGACAAAAAAGGUGACAGAACGGUUCUCAGAGAACUUACACAUCAUCGCCAACGAGCCCUCGCUGGCCCUGUUCAGACUACAGGAACAUGUGCACAAGUCUCUCCCACAGUUAGCAGAGCAGAAGCAUGACUUGCAGAGUAUAGAGAACCAGGUGAAGGGAGCUGUCUAUGACACACAGUAUGCUAUCAGUGCUGUAGAAGCAGUGCAGAGAAGCAGCCAGCCUCUGUCCAACAUUUCUGACCUGCUGAGGGAAGCUACCUUCUACAAGGAGAGACUAAAUGAAGAAAGUAGAAAAGCUGGAAACAAGCCUCGGGUCAAGUCAGGUUCAUUCACAUCUUCCAGUAGCAGGGAGGCUCAUCCUUCUGUUCCUGUUUCUGGGCACAGCAUUAACGCUGACCCGCCGGACGUUCAGAUGAGCCCUGUGACGGAGAGUCUUCCCGUGUUCCGUGGCCUGGAAGUGUCUAUUCCUGCUAUCCCAGAAACAACAACACAGGACGAUGACAUGGACUUGGUGCCAAAGUCCUUUGAUUGAUGGGAAUGAACUCUACAGCUUCAGAAUGUUCAGGCAAAUGUGAGAUUAGGGUCACAUUUGGACUGUGGAACCUCAUUUUCUAAUAUCAUAUACAUGCAUAUUUUCUAUCAUCCUUGAGAGCCCAUACUUCAUCACAAUUGAACUGCAAAAGGCUAUGAUCAGUCCAAAGGUACAGUGUACUUGAGACCAUCUACAUGAUCAGGCCACACUAGCCACCACUUGGAGACAGAGGUGUGGGACUUUUGACCAAUUGCUGAUAAUGUGCUGUAUGGCAGUCAACAAUUUUUCUCAUAUUGUGUUAAGAAAAAUUUAAUCAGCUCUGUUCUGCCAACACAGAUCAAUUUUCAACAUCCUAUGAUUCAUGCCUGGAAAGUUUUGCAUAUUGUACAGACAAACAUCAUCAUGUUAUUGUAACCCAGCAAAAAUUGAUUUUUUUCACAGAUAACAUUUAGAUUAUCCCUAGAAUCCAGUGAGUGAGGCCCCAGUCCUGUACUAAUCCUCAGGCCGUGACCUGGUCAGUACAUCCCCAUCUCUACCUUUCAUGUUGUGAUAACUCCAGCCUCACUAAGUCUCACUCAUCCCCCACUGGGAGCUGGGGAAGUUGACCAGAGAUCACAGUAAGCUCUUUACCUCCACAGUAAAGACUUUCUAAUGUGUCGUUAAUCUGGGCAAUUGGUAGCAGAUCAUCUGUUCUAUCAUCUCCACACGAUUAAUUAUUAACCACAGGGAAGAAAGGGAUAGGAAAGUUGACAACAUUGUAAUGAAAGUAUGGACACUUCAGCCUAUGGUGGUGGAAUGAAUACUAGUAUACUUGCUUAGCAUGCAAGUACUACAUGUAGUCCAAAUGGAAAAGAAUUUCAUUGGAGAAAAUAGAUAACAUACAAUGCCUGACAUACAAUAAAUAAAACAAAUGCCAAUAUUUUUUCAGAAAUUAUCAGAUGCCACGCUUGGUCAUUUAUGUUGAUUUAUGCCUUGUAAAUCCAAGUAUCAGAAAAAAAUACCAUGCUAACAUCUACUUAUAGAAUAAAACUGAAUGGUAGGCAAGCCCAUGGUACAACGUACAUAAACACAUGGCCAUGACUCUGCACCAUUUCUGGCAGUAUAAAAUACUGGUUAUUACUGUAAGCAAUUAAAACAGCAGCCACAUUAUGGUCUGAAAAUGAGAAUUUUUAUUCAAGUGGACUGGCAACUAUAGUCUUUUUUAGUCAACAUUUUUUGUACAUUUGUAUUUGUUCAUAUCACUUGGCCUUGUUACCUGAAAAGAAAGAACAACAAAGGACGGCAAAUUCGACCAGUUUAACUGUGUUCUUGGAACAUACUACAUGUAUAUGUACAACAAUAUGAUAUUUACAACAGUCCCUCCCUUUUCUACAUUUCAAUCGUAAAGAAAAAUUAUCUCUUUGUAACUAACUUUAUUUGUUCUGCAACAUCUCAUGCCUUAAAACUAGAGGAUAUCAAAAAGUUUUCCCUGAAGUGGCAGUACAUGUAGGUCCAACAAAGUUACUAGUACCAUUCACGGGAUGCGUGCGGUACAAAAGGGACAUCUAGUGAUGAUGAUGUGUACUGCACCUUGAGCGGUGCAACAGUUUUCACCGAACUGUGCACGUCUUUUAUUGAUUCCCCUUUGCAUCGCUGUGCCCAGUACAUGUGAAUGUCUCAUGAACAGAAUA